AUGGGUCAUUUCGAUAAAGCUAAAGAAAUCUAUACGACCUUGCUAGAAACUACAUCUUCAGCUACAAAUUAUAGCAGUAUUGGUUUGAUAUAUCAAUCAAUGGGAAAUUAUUCUACCGCAUUGUCUUACUAUGAAAAGACGCUUGAAAUUGAUAAAAACUCUCUUCCAUACGAUCAUCCAUCGUUAGCCAUUACAUAUAACAACAUUGCCGGCGUUCAUCAAUCCAUCGGAAACUAUUCAUUGUCACUCUCAUUUUAUACGAAAGCACUCGAAAUUAAGCAGAAGAGUCUUCCACCAAAUCAUCCAUCAUUGGCAACUACCUACAAUAAUAUCGGCGAAGUGUAUAGUUCAAUGGGCGAAUACUCUAAAGCACUUUCAUUCUAUGAAGAAGCAUUAAAGAUUCAGCGAAAAUACUUUCCGUAUAAUCAUCUAGCGUUGGCUAUUACGUAUAACAACAUUGGUUCAGUACAUCGAUUACUAGGAAAUACUUGCAUUGCAAUCGAGUUCUAUGAUAAAACACUUGAAAUCGAGCUUCAUUAUCUUCUACCCAAUCAUCCAUCAUUGGCUAUUACUUACAACAACAUUGGUCUUUUGCAUAGCUCCAAAAAAAACUAUCCAACUGCUCUUUCUUAUUAUGAAAAGGCGCUUGAAAUUGGACAAAAAACCCUCCCAUCGGAUCAUUCAUCGUUAGCUUUACUCUAUAAUAACAUUGGUGAAGUUUAUGAUUCAAUGGAAAAUCAUUCAGUAGCGCUAUCUUUCUAUGAAAAGUCACUAGAAAUUCUACAGAAAUCGCUUCCACCUAAUCAUCCAGAAUUAGCUGCUGUUUAUAACAAUAUUGGCGAGGUAUAUCGAUUGACAGGAAAUUAUUCAAGAGCAUUGUUAUAUUAUGAAAACACGUUAAAAAUUGAACAAAAAGCUCUUCCAUUGAAUCAUCCAUCGUUGGCCAUUACCUAUACCAAUAUGGCUGUAGCAUUAGAAGAUCUUCAGCGAUAUAAUGAGGCUAUUGAACUUGCAGAACGAGCUGUUGAUAUUAUUCGUCAUACCUUUGAAUCCAAUCAUUCAAAAACAAAAGAAAUUCAAAAUUACCUAGACAAACUUCGAAAAAAACUUUAA